AUGGAGGGGAGUGGAGUGAGGGAGAAGGAGAGAGAGAGGAGAUUGAAAGUCUACCCGAUACCUAUCGGCGGCGCGAUGGAGGGGAAGAUCAGACCGGAGGAACCGUCGAUAUGGGGAAUCCUACCUAAAGUAGUUAGACUGAAAGAGGUAUGUCAUGACUCAGCAGUUAUGUCAUUCGUCCCCUUUUGGGGAGGGAUCGACUGCCUCGGUCCAGGCGGAGCGGCGGUUACAGGCGGUUGCGCGAGCGGAUACAUAUCAUACGCAGCCAUGAUCCCUCCAAGUCUAUCUGUCCGUGUUCCCAAACGGGCCUUCCCCGCAAUCCGUACCCAGAGACAGUUCAGCUCCGCACGACCGAUGUGCAAGGAGAUCCAGGAGGCUUACAUUUUGAGUGCAUCACGAACACCCACCGCCAAGUUCAAUGGUUCAUUUGCUUCUGUAACGGCCCCCGAGCUCGGCGCAGUUGCUAUCAAAUCUGCACUUGAGAAGUCGAAAGUGCCCACAGAAAAGAUUACCGAUGUAUACAUGGGAAAUGUUUUGCAAGGCUCAGUAGGCCAGGCUCCUGCCCGUCAGGCAUCUAUAUUUGCUGGCCUUCCGGCGACCGUUGAAGCACUCACCAUCAACAAGGUCUGUGCUUCAGGUCUGAAGGCAGUGGCACUGGCCGCACAAAAUAUUCAGCUGGGUCUGGCAGAGGCACAGGUGGCUGGUGGUAUGGAGAACAUGACUCGUGUUCCUUACUAUAUGGCACGCGCUAGCCAAUUGCCCCCCUUUGGUGAGAUCAAGCUGGAGGACGGUCUGAUCAAGGACGGCCUGUGGGAUGUUUACAACAAAUUUCACAUGGGUAUUUGUGCAGAGCAGACCGCAAAGAACUAUGAUAUCUCAAGGGAGGACCAGGACCUCUAUGCCAUUCAAUCGUACGAGCGGGCCCAACAAGCAUGGAAGGAGAACAAAUUCGCGGAUGAAGUUGCCCCAGUAACCGUGAAGAGCAAGAAGGGAGACACCAUCAUUGAGCGUGAUGAAGGCUUCGAGAACCUACGCGCUGACAAAUUGAGGUCCCUGAAGCCGGCUUUCCUGCGUGAUGGGACAGGUACCGUCACUGCUGGCAAUGCGUCAACAAUGAAUGACGGCGCGUCGGCCCUAAUCCUAGGCAGCAAGGAGCUUGCCCGUCAAUACGGCAGUGGCAACCGUGCUUUGGCCCGCAUUGUCUCUACGGCUGAUGCUGCCAUUGACCCUGUGGACUUCCCUGUCGCUCCUGCGAAGGCAGUGCCAAUUGCGUUGGAGCGAGCUGGUAUUACCAAGGACCAAGUGGCGGUCUGGGAAUUCAACGAGGCCUUUGCAGCAGUUAUCAAGGCCAAUGAGAAGAUUCUCGGAUUGGAAAACGCCAAGGUCAACAUGCUUGGAGGUGCCAUCUCUCUUGGCCAUGCCCUGGGUAGCUCAGGCUCGCGCAUUCUAGUCACCUUACUGCACCAGCUCCAGCUCGGUGAGUAUGGAGUGGCUGCGAUUUGCAAUGGUGGCGGUGCUGCAACUGCAAUGGUCGUGCAAAAGCUUGACAGACUGGGUGUGAUUUUGAUAUCGUUGCCUGAAGAUUCAGGCACCAAACCAAGAAGAAUGUCACACCGUCCGCUGUCUCUUCCUGUCAUCCACGGGCCAGUCACAAACCUUACCGCAAGGCAAGGCUGCAAGUGUCACAGUUUCAAAUAUAAGACCAUGCUGAGACCGGUCGCUCUGUCGGUAUUCCCGUCUUGUCGCCAGGCCAUCUCUUGGUCGGCAGACGGUGAAAUUGCUAUUGCGGCUGACGAAUAUUUUCAGAUUCUGACACCAACGAGUGGUCGAGAUCACAAAGCCUCCAGCUCGGAGCCAGAUUGGACUGUGACUCGUGUGCGAGCUAAUCUGUUCACAAAUGCUGAAUGGCCUGCUUUCCUUCCUGGAGAUAGGGAUCAGUUCUCGGUCGCGGGAGAACAGUCAGCAGCCAGUGUUAUUGCCCUGGCCUGGUCGCCAGAAGGACUUGGCAAAUAUCGACGCAGUGUGCUUUUAGUAUUGACUUCGAACCUGGUGCUAUCCAUUUGGGAACCUCUAGGCUUGAAACGACAAUGGACUCGAGUUGGGAUUGUCAACCAUGCAUUCUGGCCGCAGUCUGAACGCUCACGGGACCCAACUGCCCAUGGGUUCCAGAAGACGAACAUACGAUCGUUCACCUGGUGUGAUUCCCUCAAGGCUCCGACUUCAACAUUCAAAGACUCCUCCACAUUGCCUGCGCGGGAAACCCGCUGGGGGGCCUCUCUACUGGCAGUGACAAACGAUUUAAAUGAGAUCAGUUUGAUACAGUUUCUCAGAUCACCUCCAACCGAUGGCUCUCCCAAACAUUAUGGACUUCAUAUCUUGGCAACUCACGCCAUCGAGGAUCAGGAGCCGCAGAAUGACUUGCUCUGCCCAGGGUCUCUCUUUGAAAAGGCCAUGAAGGAGAAGCAAAAAACCACCUUCCUUUCCUGUGGCCCAUGGCUGGAUUCGGACAACGAGGUAAACCGAAAGUCUGACCGUAACGUUGCGGUAAUAGCUGCUGUCUGCGGAACACAGCUUCGGCUUCUGAAGGUUGAUGUUCUGUUUGAAUCGUCAACUGGAAACGGCAUUCAGCAAAUCAACUUGUCGGCAAGUUUGACAGAGCAUCCCAUGGAGCGGUCGAAGGAGAAAUGGGCUCAGAAUCACUUCACUGGCCCCCUCGGGUGGUUGCACAAUGAAUCGUCUACAACCAUGGCUCUGGCCGUGGGUGUUAUGGCAGGGUUCGUCACCAUUAACAUGUCUCACGAUGCGUAUAAAACAAGCGGUCCCGCCUCCGCUGGUCUUGAAAUCCGCGAAUGGCCAAUCCACGAACCAGAAAAUGAGGACGUUCCUGAUCGCAAGGGAAGACACCUGGAGCCGAUCCACGGCUUUCUCUCCGCAAUUAACGAACGAGGUACCGCAUGUAAACUCCAUUUGGGCACACUUGGGGGAGUUGGAUUAACCACGGGGCUAUCCCAAAUCCAAGAUGGAAAGGCCCUGCAACAGCCUCAGUGGAAACGCAUGGUCGAUGAUUUUCAGGAACAAUAUGACUUGGAUCACGAUCUCGGAGGGAUGUCGGUAUCGAGAAUUUGGGGACUAGCCACUUAUCGAGAUAUCACGGCAGCGAUCUGCACCUUCCACCCCUCGGAUAUGAUCGAAUACCGAGUAUCCUCUGAUGAUGUCUCUACCCUUGUGUUCUCAGAGGAGUUUGGGCGCAUCCCAGAUACCCGAGCUGUGUUCACCCCGCGGGCUUCCAAUGGACAAGCCCCUGACCACGACCGGAUUGGAGAUAUGAUGUCUUUCGUGCUACCUGGUGCCGAUGGCGACGUCGAUCCUGACGAAGAAAGCCAGCGACUCAUCUAUGUGAUUGCCUGUCGUGCAAUUGCGGGUGAAAAUGACCACACCCUUCGGGUCCUCGCUCAACGCUCUCUAGAGCGUUUGGCGAUAGUAACGGGCGCAGAUCUGACCGAUGAGAUUUCGAAAUGCGAUGGUUCUCCUUUUUUGUUGGAUGCAAAGUCCAUGGAUCAUAUCACCGGCCCCGGGGGCUACAUAUAUGAGAAAUGCGAGGUUUGCGACGCAGGAAUCGGGUGGUCUUCGAUCCAGCAGGCUCGGUGUGCCAAUGGCCACGUCUGGCUCCGAUGUGGGGUAUCUUUCCUUGCCAUUCAAGAGCCUGGGGUUUCAAAGUAUUGCUCCUUCUGUCACACGGAAGCGCUUGACGAAGAGCAUAUUGCCGCCAAAAUUGGCCACGAACCGGGCAAGACAGUCAGAGGUCUCUUUGAAACCUUUGAUGCCUGUUUACAUUGCGCAGGAAAAUUUCAAGCAAGUUACUAG